UGCUAAAUACCCUAUACCCCAACAUUGUAUUGAUCGAUUGACAACUUCAUCAUCAUGUCUCGCUCUCAAGGGGACGGAGAUGUUCGUCAAUCGAUUCAAAUACAAAGAGCACAAUCACCAAGGCCAAGGAAUGCGAUUCGCGCAAAUAUGCCUUCAACUUCAUUCGGCGGAACAAGUCCUGGACUUCAAAGAAGGCCAUCUGUUCAAAGUUCAGGUAGAGAUAGCGAAUCAACAGAUGGUAAUAAUAGCUCUUAUAAUUCUCCUGCACCAGGUAAAAUGUUUCCACGUUCACUUACAACAGGAGAUGCAUCACAUUUUCAACAUCCAAAUCGAUCACAAGCUCGUAACCGAAAUAUAGGAUCAGGAGUUAAUCCGCGUGCAAUUUCCUAUCAUCCCGAUGGAUCUUCGCGGGAAAAUCAUUCAUCCUCUUAUGCUCAACUAUUUCAUGAUGUUGAACGUCAAUCCAAUACGACCAAUAAUUCAGACGUAGCUCUUCAAGGUAGAAGUUAUCGAUUUCAACCAUCAGACGUGAAUCAUGCUCCCCUCGUUUCACCUUAUACGGCUACUUCAAAUACUAUUCGUGACAGCACUGCGUUCCUGGCAGGAAUGGCGCUUAGGUCAGAUGAAGAUUCCGAUUCAGCUGGUGGAAGGUUGGAUGAUGCUAUAGAAGAAGCAUCUGAUGAAGAAGCAUCCCCACCUUUGACAAUAAGAGGCAAGUCUGAUGCUAUUGAUGCAACCCUAAACAGUUCCUCUCCUUUCUCCGCCUCUCUUCAAAGCAAAGGACCGAGCAAUCUAUCCCGUGCACUUCAAGCUGCAAAUAAUGAUGAUUCGACCACACCAACAGCUCGAUCACCUACUGAUAAGGUGGAAAUAGGUGAGCAAACUCCCGUUCACAAGGGCGGAGACGAAGUCACAGAAGCAACUCCCCUCAUUUCCUCGCAAAUACGAAGCAAAAGAGGCAGAUCACAGCAAAUUUCUACAGAUGGAAAUGAAUCGAACCGAUCAAAAUCGCAAUCUCGAAGUAAGUCACCUGCUCCGCCAUCUAUCACAGAAGGUGAAGGUCAAUCAGGCUUCAGCGUAUUCUCUAAUCGUAGCGGAGGCCAAGGCGCUGCCAAGAAUAAUUCUUCAACGUAUGGCUAUGGAGCACUUGCACAAGCGUCAAAUGCUCCAAGAGGACAACCAACAAACGCAGGUGGCCGUGAUCAUCAUGUCUCGUUUGCAGAAUCAAAUUAUUACUACGACGAUGAAGGAGAAGAUGAACUGGAUGCUCCUUUGUCGGUAGCAUGGGCUUUUGUACCAUCCUUCUGGCGACCGAAAAACAGGCCACCACCUUCUCUGCCUGGCUACAUUAAAGAAGGAGUCUCGGGUAUUGGCAAACUAACCUGGAAAGAUGUCAUUUCCGCCAGCGCUGAGCCAGUAAGACUUUUACCGGCCGUAUUCUUGGGCAUUCUAUUAAAUGUUUUGGAUGGAGUCUCAUAUGGUUUGAUCAUCUUUCCUACCUCGUACCCGAUGUUUUCCGAUUUUGGCGGUGAUGGAGUUUCAAUGUUCUUUGUCACUUGUGUGAUCAGUCAACUAAUCUAUACCCUCGGUGGCUCAAUUUUCAAAGGAGGAAAUGGUAGUAUGAUGAUUGAAGUUGUUCCAUUCUAUCAUAUUUUGGUCAAGAUUAUCAUCGAUACUUUGGGAGAAACUGAACCAGCCGCAGUGAUCUCUACGACAAUGAUUGCUUUUGCGCUAUCCUCCAUCUUUGCUGGGGUAGUCUUUUUGGCUUUGGGAUAUUUCAGACUUGGUGUUCUGAUCGGAUUCUUUCCCCGUCACAUUCUGGUUGGUUGCAUUGGAGGUGUGGGUGUAUUCCUCAUCGAGACGGGAUUAGAGGUAGCGGGUCAACUAAAGUCAGAAGAAGGUUUCCAAUGGAAUCUAGAGACUUUCCGAUUCUUUGUUCAAUCGUGGGGAAUGGUAGCCCAUUGGGUUCCUCCGCUACUAUUGGCAAUUCUUUUACGUCUAAUCACCGCCAAGUUUCAUCAUCCACUGGUGUUCCCAGGAUAUUUCAUCGUUAUUCCCGUUUUGUUCUAUAUCAUUGCCAGUGGCAUUCUUCGUGUUCCGCUUGAAGACUUACGCAAAGAUGAUUGGGUCUUUGACGUUGGAAAAGCGGCUGAAGCUCCCUUUUGGCGAUUCUAUACCUACUUCGAUUUCCGCAAGACAAGCUGGGAAGCAUUAUGGGCAACGAUGCCAACUCAAUUGGCUUUGACAUUCUUUUCCAUCUUGCACGUUCCUCUCAACGUUCCAGCAUUAGCCGUUUCCGUCAAUGAAGACAAUUUGGAUACCGAUAGAGAAUUAUUCGCACAUGGUAUUUCAAAUAUUGCCGCUGGCUUGGCUGGAAGUGUGCCAAAUUACUUGUGUUAUGUUAACAGCGUUCUCUUUUACCGUGUUGGAGGUGGAAGUAGAUUGAGCGGGUUGAUGUUAGCAGCAGGCACAUUUAUCAUCUUCCUUUCCGGUCCAGGUGCGAUUGGAUAUCUUCCGAUUAUGGUCGUUGGUGCUUUAAUCUUCGUGCUUGGAAUCGAUUUGACAAAAGAAGCUGUUUGGGAUACCAUUGGAAGGGUGAAUUCAUGGGAAUACUUUACGAUUUGGGUCAUUAUCUUUGUUAUGACGUAUUACGAUUUCGUUGUAGGAAUUUUGGCAGGUGUAAUUGUUGCAUGUCUAUUCUUUGUCAUUCAAACAUCCCGAAGAAGGACGGUAAGAGCUGUCCUAGACGGCAGCAUCGCAAGAAGUACCGUUCGUCGCCAUACAACACAGAGGCAAUUUCUGGAUCAAGCCGGGCAACAAACACAGAUCGUCAAACUACAAGGUUUCCUCUAUUUUGCAAAUAUAUCCGGUGUUGAGGAACUCAUCAGGAAAGGAUUAGACAUUGCUACUUGGCAAGAACAUCCUAUCAGAUUCUUGAUCGUGGAUUUCUCCUUGGUAUACGGAGUGGACUUUUCCGCAGCAGAAGCGUUCACUCGAAUUCAGAGAUUGUUGCAAGCAAAAGAUGUCGUUUUGACCUUUUGCGGUGUCACACCUGAGAGCGAUGUGGGAAUUGCGUUGAGAAGUGUCGACCUUUGGACAGAUUCAGCAAUGAGAUUAGAGGUUUUCCAAAAUCUUAACGAAGCUUUGGAAUGGACGGAGAACGAAUACCUUCGAAGUCUGUACAUGGCAGGAGCCUCAGCUGCAAAACCUUUGGUUCAAAGCGCAAGAGCGGCAUUAGAUGUUCCAUCUCAAAGUAAGCGAGCGCCAGCAUUCAACUUGAAUGAAACCUCAGAGAACAGUCCAAGAAGGCAACACUUAUUCGAAGCAGCACAUGAAGCAGCGUCUAAAUCGUCUAAUCCACAUCUGAUUGCCAAAUUGGCAGGAUCUCCUUCGAACAGUACAAGCUUAGAAAGUUCCAAUGAUUCAACGAACAGAAGACGGUCACAAUCAAAUGCAGUAUCUGGAAAGAGUACUAGUCCAGAAAAAAGGCGCCUUUCUCAUUCAGGCUCAAGACCGACUCACGGGUCUGGUCUUCCUCCAGCCGCACAACCGUUCACGUUGCUUAUGAUCACCUUCCAAGCUUGGGCUCGUGAACAACAUGAUGAUGGUUUCUAUCGAACUCUUGCACCCUACUUCCGCGAACAUCGUCUGUUAAAAGGUGAAGUACUAUGGCAACGGGGAGAUCCUUCUGAUGGAUUGUAUUUGAUCGAAUCAGGAAUCUUGAAAGCACGUUAUGAUUUCCCACAAGAAGAUUAUGAAAUUAAUGAAGCAAUGUUAGCCGGAACGAUUGCAGGAGAAUUAACAUUCUUAUCAAAAGCCAGUAGGAACACGACUGCUUAUGCAGAAAUGGAUUGUUGCUUAUGGAAAUUGGAUUCUGACAGCUUGCAACAAUUACGCAAAGAUCGUCAUGACGUCUUUGAUAAUUUGCUUCAAUUGCUUUUAUGCGCUUGCUCUGAAGAACAAGAAGGUUUAAUGAGCUAUCUUGUCAGUCGACUCAGUUAAUUGUACAAUGAAACGAGAAAUGAAUUAUUAGAUCACAUGC